AUGGGUGCCCAAUAUCCAGUUGGCUCAAGUGCAAGUGAGUGCGCGAUGUGGUUUGCUUGCUUGCUUUAUUGUGCUGUGCUGUGCAUUGCGUCACAUCACGCAGUGCAUGGCUGGGCUGGCUUGGGCCGUCUUGCAACGAACGGUGGUCACUGGGUGUUGGAUCUCACUCAGAGUCGUUGUAUCCGACGAUCCGUAGAGCAACGUAGAGCAACCAUCGGUUGA